GUUCAUUCCAAGGCCAGCGCGUUCGCCGCGUGAAUUGUUUCCUUGAGGGGGCGGGGUUCUACGACGCUUGAGCUCCCGCGGGCGAGGCGGCAGUGCGCCGCCAGUCUUCGGCAUCGCGUCCUUCUUUCUCGGUUGUUGGGCUGCGUGCCUCUCCUCCAGUCGGCGCCGAAGGGAGCCUGGUUCUGGGCGGCCGGAGAGCUUGAGCCCACUAGGAAUGGCAGCCCCAUCUAUGAAAGAAAGGCAGGCUUGCUGGGGAGCCCGGGAUGAGUACUGGAAGUGUUUAGAUGAGAACACAGAGGACGCUUCUCGGUGCAAGAAGUUAAGAAGCUCAUUUGAAUCAAGCUGUCCCCAACAGUGGGAGGGAAAAUCGUUACAUAAGUUCCUUUUUUGUUUCUGGCUGUGCCGCGCAGCAUGUGGGAUCUCAGUUCCCCGACCAGGGAUCGCCCACUGCAGUGGAAGCGCGGAGUCUUAACCUCGGGGCUGCCAGGGAAGUCCACGUGAGUCACGUUUUCUACCCUGAAGAUCCACGACACGCAGCCAAACUGUACCAACUUUGUUAAGCCAGGUGAAAGUAAGAGGUUUUAAAUACUUAGGUACAUGCUCACAACAACAAAACCCAAAAAUGUGUCAAGUUUUAGAAGGCAAAAGAGGGAGGAAUAAAAGUGACAAAACAUGGCCACCGGCAGGUUUCAGUUUAAAUUCAUGACCGACAACCCAAAAGCUGAGCAGCAAUUUCAAGAUGCCCUCCCGGUGAGAUCAUUCUCCUGCUCUGGCCAACGUACCUCCGUCACCCCUGAGUUCCCAGCCCCUCCUGUCACUGCCGGCUGGGCCUCAACAUCAGCGGGGUGAGGAGAGGAGACCUGAGAUGAGAGACUGGCCCCUCCUUAUGCACCUGUCUUCUCUGCCCCUUGGCUUUCCAGGGUCUCUUCAAAGGACAGCACCCCAGUGUGUGUCCGAGCUCCCAUCCCCCUGGGUUUUGCUAUUGAGUCGUGCACCCCAACCUACUCCAUCACAGCAGCGGUGCUGUAUCUGUUUGAUACUGAGCAUCUGACUAGGAUUUUGUUUGGGGGAUAGAGAAGUUCUCUUAGAAAAGAAAAAGGCAAGAGCUUCCAGCUUUAACCCGGACAUCUGAGGGGUUAUGAGCAUGGCUUUAGAGUCCGGUCAUGCUACUUCUCAGCAGUUCUUUGACAACAGAGGAUGAAAACAUUUGGCUACGCUGAAGAGAAACGUCUAGAGGUCCCUAAAUUAAAGAUCAAGGAUUAAAGAGCAAAAAAAAGAAAAAGAUCAAUGAUGGAGCUGACAGCACUUAGAACUGUAAUUAAACUGCACAUCAAAUAGUGAGCUGCUUAAAUGCUGCCUAAUCCGAGCUCUGUGCACUGCAGCGUGAUGGGUAAACAGGAGCUGCUGAAAGCUGGGCACCCUCUCUGCCCUCUCUGCACACAGUGCUGGACCGAGGGGAAGGGGACAAGGCCUGCUUACCCUGCUCCAUGCAUGUUUUCCACUUGAUUCAGACUGGAUUCAAUAACGGAAGUCAAAGCCUCAAGUUCUUCAACGUGCAACGUCUUACACAUGCUCCAGAUUUUCUUAAGAGCAACUAAGGCAUACAGUCGAAUGCUAAAAUUGUGAUUAAAACACCAGUGCAGUACGACAAUAAGGGCUUGCUUCAGAAUGAGUUUCUGAAAAGGAGAAACAUUCUUCAGAUGUAAACAUGGACCAUUUUACCCUUGACUGUAUGACCAAGAACAAGGAGUACAGGUGACAAAAAUGCUACAAAGUAAAAUCUUAUUUCGCUGUUUUUGCAUCGUCAUUCUCAGACAGAUACACUGGCAGGAGUGAUUUCCUCAAGAAGGAGAAGUAUCUUCCCAGCUCUUUAGUUUUUAUUUACCAUGCUGCCACACAUGUUCUCCCCCAUACUCCAGUACCUAGGUUAAUCUGAAUGAGGUACUUUCAUGCUAACCACUGUAUGACCAGUGUUUUAAAGAAGUCUCCAUCACUUAUUACCUUACCAUGGGCUGAAAAAGUUAGAAAUAUUAAGUGAACUUGAGCAAGGUCCCUCAUAAAAUGCUGUUUUCCCCUGGUCUGAACUACUCUGUUUUCCCUAAUAGUGACCUUGGACCCACACAGCACUGAGUGGCGGCAGGAAAAUUAAGAAGUGGGGAGAAAAAUAAUAAGAGUUUAAACUUCCCUGUAGUCUUUUCCUGGGAAUUCACAGUUUUUCACCUUCACGGCCAGGAGAUUUUAUGCAAUGAUAAUCCUUGAUUUCUAAAACCACACAGUUCAACAGAUAUUGAAAGGCAAAGGAAGUGACAUGUAUUAAUGUGGAAACCAGAUGGACUCAAACUUUUAAUACAGUUAUCAGGAGCUACCUUAAUGCUCCUACAAACGGCUCAUCUGUAAAUGUUCCUGGGCUGCACCAAGCUAAGAGCCCUGCAAUAGUACCGUUUCCUGUCUAUCUUACUUCUCGCAACAGGUUGUAAGCAAACCUCUUCCCUGCACAUAUUUAAAACAGAAAGAUAACAACUGCUAUUACCUGAUGCUAGAGCUUUCGUAACUCUUACCAGAAGGUGUUAACGCAAGUUUUCACAUAACUAUAACUAACACACUGCCAUCUGGCUGACAGACACUGUAACACACCAUCAAUUUUAAGAUAUUAUCAUGGUUUUUGAGGUUAAAAUGUGGUGGGAAGAAAGACCUGUGCUUAGGAUUGAUGAAAUAGGUUAACAACGAAAUCUGAUUGUUACUGUGCUUAAAGACAACACUUUGAAAAGUUCUAGGAAACCUAUCCCCCCAAUAUUUUUACCUCACUUUCAACACUAAACAACAUUUCUUUCAGACAGCUGACCAUUGAACAACAGGGGUUUGAACUGUGCAGGUCCACUUAUACGUGGAUUUUUUUUCACUAAAGACGUACUACAGUGCUACAUGAUCCUCGGGUGGUUGAAUCCACAGAUACAGAUGAGGAACCUUGAAUUACGGUGACUGUAAAGUUACAUGUGGAUUUCCCACUGCGCAGAGGGUCGGUACUCCCAACUCCUGUGUUGACCGAGGGUCGACUGUGUUAAGUUUCUCCCAGAAUUUACAACAUAUAAGUACACUCUAUAUAGAUUCAAUAAUAUAGAAUCUUGCUCUAAAUCUUUACCGGCAGGUUUUCCUGAAUUCUCCACAGUUGCCAUAGUGAUUAACCAGAAUUAGCUAAGAUCUCUACUUAUCUAGGGAAGAUGCUUUAAACCUGAGAAAGAUGAAGAACUGCCUUUCACACUCUGAAUAAUGACAGUCAUUUUAUACAAACCUUCAAUAACACAAUGGCUUUUAAUACUCUGACCAUGAGUUUCUUUGUACAAGCAUUUGUUAAAUAACUCUGCCAGCCAAGGAACAGUUAAAUGCAAUAAGGGAAGUCUUAUUUAAAUAAUCUUACGUAAAUACUUGCAUAAAGUUAAGCAUCCUAUCAUUAAAAGUUGCCCAUUAAUUUGUCUAGAGAUUUAACAUGGGCUCAGGCAUUACCUCAGUGUGUGUGUGCCCGUGGGUAACAUCUUAUUGUGCAUUUGUGUCUAAGUGCGUAUGCCGUUAGGAGGGGAGUGGAAGGGAAGGGGAGAAACUGCAAAACACACAAGGACUACUCUAAAUGAGAACAGUUAGCACAAAUGUAUAAGUUCUAUUUUGAUAGUCAAGUCUGAACUCUUCUCAUAAACAAUAUAAACCUACCUUCUCUGGAAUAUUUUCAGUAAUGAUGUCCAAAUGCGACAAAACUGAUAAAAACGUACAAAUGCUUGUUUUGAGGUUUUCUUCGGCCUGAAAAUAAAUCAGAUACACGAAACAGUCACUCAAGGCUGCCGCGAGCCCGUGCACAUCAAGGCGCCGGGCUGCAUGCUUGGGGCCCGGGCCAUGAGGCCGGCUCUUCCCCGACGCAGCCACGGCCUGGGUGGGAGGAGAGGAGGAAAAAGCGAGAAAGCACAGGAACGUCCCAGAGUCAAAUGCCCGCACGCACAACACUCAUCCGACACACGGCCGCUAACCACUCAGGCGAGGAGUACCUGGGGGAGACCAGGGUGAGCUCACUGCAGGGAGAGAAGGGCUGGCUGGAGAAAGCGGGGGUGGGCGGGGGAACAGCUGAAGAUGACCAAGACGAACCAAGACAGGCAAGCGGGAGGCAAAGGCCCCCGUGCGGAGGCGGGGAGAAGCAGAGGUUAAAUGGGGCCCUGCAGCUGCUUAAAAAGAGCCUCAAGAGGGCUGCCCUGGUGGCGCAGUGGUUGAGAGUCCGCCUGCCGAUGCAGGGGACACCGGUUCGUGCCCCGGUCCGGGAAGAUCCCACAUGCCGCGGAGCGGCUGGGCCCGUGAGCCAUGGCCGCUGAGCCUGCGCGUCCGGAGCCUGUGCUCCGCAAUGGGAGAGGCCACAACAGUGAGAGGCCCGCGUACCGCAAAAAAAAAAAAAAAAAAUGACACAAACGACACAUGAACUGCGAUCUGAAGGAAGAGCAGCAGUUAUGCAGGCAGAAAGAAAAAAGAACAGAAAAGGUCAGGGCGGUACUCGGCCACAUGGGGGCCCCGAUGAAGCAAGCUGUCCAGUAAUCAGGCCCUAAGGCGGGCCCCGCCCCCUGGGGGGCUUGGUCACACCAUCUGCCCUGGCCAAUAAGCAGCACGCGAUCAGAGGCUGGGAACGUGCGGGUUCACCAGGGCGCGUCCUCCUGGAACGCUCGUCCUCGGCACCCUGAGCGACCACACACACAGCUGCAGAACCAGUGGUGCUCCGCACCACGGCUGUCCCCACUACUGCAGCCAAGGUGAUAAGCACGUGGCCGAAGAAGUCGUUUGCAGGUCCCAGCCCAGUGGACACCACAUGCACAACAGCCCAGCCUGGUCCUGUCAAUCCAGAAGCAGGAAAAAUAGCAGAGUGUUGUUCACACCCCUGGCCUUUGGAAUGUUCCAGCAACAGAAAACUGAGCCCAUGCAUGCAUCCAUGACUCGACUGCAGAGGUGGGAACGUGGGGCACACGGACUGGAUGGGGAAGAGGGCACAGGCCACGUGAGACCUGCAGGCCACGCACGGCUGAAAGUGGACGACCUGAUCACUUUUUUUCUUUUGUUGUUUUUUUUUUUUUACUUUUUGGCUGCACUCUGCAGCAUGUGGGAUCUUCGUUCCCCAACCAGGGAUCGAACCUGCACCCCUGCAUUGGAAGCACGGAGUCUUAACCACUGGACCACCAGGGAAGUGCCCAAUUCCUCAGCAUUCUUAUCUCUAAGAUCAAACAAAGACUUUGCUUGGUAAAUAAAAAUACAGAAGGCGCCUAUUUCCCUAACUCCUUAACAACAGAAACCUUUUCCAUCUUUGUUUUGUUGGGACAGAAGGACUCUCAAAUAAAAAUUAUGCUGUACUCAAGAUAAACGCCAGGGCUUUCUGUCUCUGUCUAAAUUAAUUCAAAUCCUGCAAAACACAAUUUAGGGUGUCGGUACAUCAGGGGCAGGGCAACUGACAGCCAGAAAACUAUUAAAGUGAAACAAUCUCCAGCAUAGCUAAGAUCUUUUCUUCAUUAAAAAAAAUUAUGAAAAAUCUCCUUUACUUACGUAAGAAAAACAGUCCCAGAACUUUGGAAGAAAUUGAGGGAAUUUAUGAAGAAUCAGUAUAAUAAUCCAUUCUAUAAAAUAUUUUAUGGAUGCUUGAUUAUUGAUGAAACCAGCCUGGAAAAUCUUGUCAGUAAUUCUAUUCAAGAAAUUCUGAGAAAAAUAAAGCACACAAAUUAAACUGUUAUGGUUAUUAAUUUUAAAAAAUGUAUUUUUAUUGAGAUAGCACUGACAUAUAAUGUAUAAGUUUAGGUGUACAACAUGAUGUGAUGAUAAUUUAUUUAUUUUUUAAACAUCUUUAUUGGAGUAUAAUUGCUUUACAUUGGUGUGUUAGUUUCUGCUUUAUAACAAAGUGAAUCAGCUAUACAUAUACCUAUGUCCCCAUAUCUCUUCCCUCUUGCCUCUCCCUCCCUCCCUCCCACCCUCCCUAUCCUACCCCUCUAGGUGGUCACAAAGCACCGAGCUGAUCUCCCUGUGCUAUGCAGCUGCUUCCCACUAGCUAUCUAUUUUACGUUUGAUAGUGUAUAUAUGUCAGUGCCACUCUCUCACUUUGUGAUGAUACAUUUAUAUGUCGCAUUAUGACUACCACCUUAGCAGCACUAGUCUCUAUCAUGUCCCAUAGUGAUUUCUCUUCUGUGGUGGGAAAAAUUAAAAUCUACUCCUUAUCAACUUUGAAAAUGGUUACUAAUUUUAAUUAAGAAAUAGUCACUAUUAAAAAAACAGCUUAAAGUUUUAUCAUGGCAUAUGAGUCUUUAAACAGUUAAAAUAUUACAAAAAAAUACUGAGGGGAAAAAUAUAUUAAAUGGGGCCAUGUAAAUCAGUUUCCAAUUUAUUUCUACAACACCUAAUUGCCUUAGUAUUCUAUUAAAAAAACUUCUGAAUAAACUUCAAUUUUAAGAACUAAAGUAUAAAUUUUAAGCAGACGACCUUCUCAAUUUUAAAGUAGCACAUGACAGUUUCUACUACAUAGUUUAUUCAUAUGAAAACAUUAUGCUUAAAGGUACGAAUGGAAUAAAUGUCAUACCUGAUCGAAUCUGGGGAAAAGUACAAGCAGAGUCUGCCAUAUUCGGUUUUUCACUCUAUGUUGUUGAGAAUUCACAUAGUAUCGAGUUCUUGACUUGGACACCAAUUCAU